UCUCCGGCGCUUCCAACCUCGCACUUCCUGUCCUCUCCUUCAUUCCCGUCUCUAUGCCCCCAGCGAUUUUUUUUUUCCCCGAGGCCGGCGCGGCGCGAUUGGCGGCGGCGUUCUCGCGAGAGGCGCGGCCUGACGAGUGAAGGACAAAAAUGAGUUAUGCGGAAAAACCCGAUGAAAUUACAAAAGAUGAGUGGAUGGAAAAACUCAAUAAUUUACACAUCCAAAGAGCUGACAUGAAUCGCUUAAUUAUGAACUAUCUUGUUACAGAAGGUUUUAAAGAGGCUGCUGAGAAGUUUCGAAUGGAAUCUGGAAUUGAACCUAGUGUUGAUCUAGAGACGCUGGAUGAAAGAAUAAAAAUUCGGGAGAUGAUUCUCAAAGGCCAGAUUCAGGAAGCCAUUGCACUGAUCAAUAGCCUUCAUCCAGAGUUAUUAGACACAAACCGGUACCUUUAUUUCCAUUUGCAGCAGCAACAUUUAAUCGAACUGAUUCGGCAGCGGGAAACUGAAGCUGCUCUGGAGUUUGCUCAGACUCAGUUAGCAGAACAAGGAGAAGAGAGCCGGGAAUGUCUGACGGAGAUGGAGCGCACACUUGCUCUCCUUGCUUUUGAUAAUCCAGAGGAAUCCCCUUUUGGAGAUUUGCUCAACAUGAUGCAGAGGCAGAAAGUGUGGAGUGAAGUAAACCAAGCUGUGUUAGAUUAUGAAAAUCGUGAGUCAACCCCCAAACUGGCUAAAUUAUUGAAGCUACUACUUUGGGCUCAAAAUGAGCUGGACCAGAAGAAAGUAAAAUAUCCCAAAAUGACAGAUCUCAGCAAGGGGACAAUUGAGGAACCCAAGUAAAAUGUGCAGAUGGACACUAAAUCUCACACCUGCACAGUGAUUAUACAUUUUUAAUCAGUCUGUGACUGAAAUAUUUUUACUACAGUUCAGGACUUUUGCAAUUUGGUUGUGUGUUUUUUUGUUUUUUUGUUUUGUUUCUUGGCAAGCAUACGUAAAGGGAAGGGGUCCCUUUUAAAAUGCAGCAAAAUGGCAUUGGAAAAAGCAUUACAUCACUUUUUGUCCAUCUGACUUAGGCUAUGCACUGUCGUACUUUUUUAGCCAAAUACCAAGGUUCUUUUUUAAAUACUGUGCUGAAGGUUUGCAGUGUCUGGCCACUGAGACAUAUUUUGGUAGCCAGCGAAUUGAUGUUAAAGCUCUUGGCAACUCUCCAGUUAAACUUCACCUGUUUUUCACUUGAACAUGGACUUAUUUCUGUGUUAAUUUAUAGCCAAAUAUGCAUUCCCUAUUUAUAAGCUUGCAAUUGGUUAAAGUGAUCAUUUUGUAAACCUCCUGCCAGUGUUGUUUACUGCAUAGACUAUAGUAUAGAAAACUUGUAAGCUGUAAUUGAAGAUAGCUGCCCUUGCUUUUCACACCUUGGUGACUUAUUUAUAUGGGGCUGAAUGUUAUGUUCAUGACGGGCCUCGUCCUCUCAGAAGCAUUGCGAAAAAUAAAAGCAUUUUCUUUUGUAGUUUUCAAGAAUGACCAAAAUAGCCUCUGAAGAAAAACGUAAUCACAUUAUAGGUAGGCGUUCUUUCCCCAGAGUUUUUUUGUGGCUCUAUUUCUUAAUGCCAGUUGCAGUCAUUACACUGCUUGGGGUGACAAUUACAGCCUUAAAGCCUGUAAUAUAUUUACGGACAAUAUGAAAAUGGAAAUAAUGUUAGCCAUUCCCAGUAAGAAGAAAUAGCUUAAUGUAAACCCAGUGGAACAGUAUAAAUGUUUGGGGGCCAUAAUUUUUAAAUGAUGGAAUUAUUUUUUUAACAGUUUCUUAUCUUGGGUAAUUGGUACUGAUUUUUUACAACUCUCCUCCCUGGAGCCCCCAUCUUUAUGAUGGGAGUGUGGUUAUCAUGGUUCGGAUUUAUUUCUAGUUAAAGCCCCUGUAAUUCCAUGAGUUAUUUCUUACUCAGUUGCUGCAUUGCAGUCUCCUUUAUGGAUGGUUAAUGGCCAUGCAAGGCUGAUUUAAAAACAUGGUUCCCCUAUCUGGCUGGUAGUAAUAAAUGCUUAAUCUGGCUAGUUUCAAGAUUACCAUCCUGCAACUAACUCAGUUAUCUCCCAAGAUUGCUGAAGCCUAGAUAUUUCCAGUUGCCAAGCUCUUAUUAAUGUUAUUGCCAACUAGGAGCAAUCUGCCUCUCUGUGCUUAUUUUACACCUUUCUGCCAAAAGGAGGGGGAAAAAACAGUAUGUCAUUUAGCUGUAGCCUAGUACUACUUACUACUCCUAGUGCUCUUGGUGAGUAAAUGAGCAAGCUAUAUAGCACACAAACAUUUGGCUUUCAGCAGGGUUGUUGCUACAGUCGUUGCUUGGUAUAAUAGACUACCGGAAGCUUCUCUAUAUUGCUCCUAAAAACAAUUGAGAGUGACACAGUGGAGGUUCCUGAUGAGGGAUAUGUAUUUGUAUGCAGGUGCAUUCUGGAUGAGGCCCACGGCUAGACUAGUGUUAACAGUAGUUCGAAGAUAAGAUGGCACUUGUAUUUUGCACUGAAGCUUGUACAGCCUAUCGGAGAGAAAGCUCUGACAGAACAUGACUUAACAUUUUGGGAGAUCACUCAACCUGGGACUGAUGGUCACGGAGAGUUCAGUGUCCUGGGUUAUUUUAUAUUCUUGAGGAAUGUUUCCUAACAACUCGACUUGGCCUGGGAAAUUCUUUGGAUUGACUAAGCACAGCUACGCUGAAAGUCAAAACGUCUAGGCCAGGGGUAGGCAACCUUGACUCUUUUAUGACUCAUGGACUUCAACGCCCAGAAUUCCUGAGCCAGCAUGGCUGGCUCAGGAAUUCUGGGAGUUGAAGUCCAUGAGUCAUAAAAGAGCCAAGGUGGCCUACCCCUGGUCUAGGAGUUCUUCAGAUAGGACCAAUUUAUCUUUCCUCUUCUGGAGAUAAAGCCAGAGUCUCCAAACUUGGGCAACUUUAAGACUUGCAGACUUCAACUCCCAGAAUUCCUCAGCCAGAGGAAUUCUGGGAGUCGAAGUCUACAAGUCUUAAAGUUGCUAGGUUUGGAGACCCCUGGUUUAAAGCCUCAGCUUUCAACGUAGUUCUGACCAAAAGCUGAUGUCCUGUGUUGCAGCCAUGUUUAAGAGGUCUCCUUUAUGUUCAAGCAUUCUGUUGAAGCCAUGGUUGCAUAAUAACUGGAAUUUAAGAGUGUUUUAAGAGCCAAAUAUGCGAUAUAACUAUGACAGUUUACUUAAUUGGUUUUUGUUAAAAACAUCUCACACUGAAGCAGCUUUAAUCUGUAAAGGUUUCUUGGGGGUAACUUUAGAGAAAAAUAUUUAAAAUGGUAUGAAAGAAAGCUAUGCAUUUUACAGAGUGUGCAAAGGUGUAGUCCCCGUGGUACUUUUAGGGAUCUUUAUAUUCACAUGUAUAUAAAAUAGUUUGCAUAUACAAAUUAUAAUAUAAUCAAUUUGAAUUAUUCUCAGAUGGGGAGGGUGUAAAAUAUAACUGAUGAAAAUAUUAUUCACAAAAAUUAAACCCCACAGCCCUCACUACAUAAAUGAAUUUUUGUCAUACACAUGAGAACUGUCUUGCCUAGUGGCUGUGAAAAAUGGUUGCAAUUUAUCUCCAUAAUGUUAGAUCACCACUCUUCACUGCUUAGCAUUAAAUACAACUUUGAUCAA